CUGGGGGAGGGCAGACAGGCCGGGGCCACAUCCACAAGUGGGCCCCAGCAGCCUUGCAGUCCAAGGGGAGGAGACCGGGGUAACCUGGAGAAAGCCCCAGGUGGGAAGCAGAGCAGGCCUGAGCCUCCCAGCGGGGGGUCUGGCUCCCAAAGCCCCCACGGCCCCUCCCGUCCCCCCAAAGGCGGCCACCCCCGAGGAGGGCCGAGGGGGCUGGCGCCGGCUCCCCGUGGAAGGUCUCUUCCCCACAGGCAGGGCCCGGUCCCACAGCGGGCACUGCCACACAGCCUCCUCCGCCAGUCUGCCCGGGGUCAGCGGCCCCUCCCCCUGCUCCUGGGGCCCAGGGACUGCUGCCCUGCUUCAUCUAACAGGAGCUGGCGGCUUAAUCUGCUGCCCUGGAUUGGCCCUAAGACAGCCUGAGCUAGUUCGCCUGGCGUCCCAGGCCCUCUGGCCAUGGGCAUUCCUUCAUCCGCUAUGGGAAGUACCUUUCCCCACUUCCUGUUUCUGUCCAGCCCUGUGAAGAUGCCUUUCUUCUUCCGCCAGGGGGCAGUGUGUCAGGGGAAAGUUGCUGCCAAGGUGCGAUGGCCUUGGCAACAGUUUGCUUGGGAGGGGGCUGUGACUAGGGUGUACCAUCCAGAGCAAGCCCCGGGUUCCCAGCCUGAGGGCCUGGGAAGGUGGGGCGCCCUCCGUGGUUUUAGGGAAGGUGAGGUGUUAAGACAGUGAUGAGGUCCGUUUGGACUCCAGUUGUGUUAAUGUCCUAAGGGGCACUUGGAGGAAUGGCAGUGGCCACUGGGCCAGACGUGGGCGGGCUCAGAGAGAGCUGAGCGUCCUCAGCACAGAGAGUCAGUUAGUGGCAGGGCAAGUACCGAGGUCCCCACAGGAAGGACCCCGGAGCGAGCUGCAGGGGGUCCAAAGGGCUAAUCUGGCCCGAUGGGGCGGGUCCCAGCUCCCACAGAGCCAUAGGGAAAGGGCUCCUGACCAAUGUCCUGGGAGCUGCGAAUCUACCCUUUGUGUUGCUCACUCAGGCUUUGAGAUCAUUCCCAUAGGCCCCAGGACCCCCUUCACCAAGGUACUGCUUCCUGCCUCUGGGGCCCCUUCCCCUAGUUGGCCCACCCUCUCUUGACCACACAGAGCAUUUCGGUUCCGUUGACUAUGAUGCUGGGGUGGGUGCAGUCCCAUGGGCCUAGCUGGGAAGCAUCAGUUCAGCUUGGGGCCCACAGGAAGAGGGUCUGUGUGUUCUACUGAGUCCUGUCAGAACCCAACCCUCCAUCUCUCAGAAAUCAGCCGCUGAACGCUCAGAGAUCCCACCCCCAGGGAGCCGAGCCCCCAGCAUGUGGUGGUCAGUUAGGGGGCAGUGGAGGCCUGAGAGAGGUGCUGCCAGCCCGGGGGAGCGGGACAUGGGUGGAGGGGCCUCUAGGCCAUGGCUGGAGCAGCCGGUCAUGGUCAGGCCCGAUGCGGAAGGACUCCUCAGACGUAACAACAUGCAGGCUUAUGUGGAAAAUCAGCAUGGAGCCCUCGUAGGCGCUGGGGAUGGGCGCGUGAGAGUGAGCUUGCCCGGGCGGCGAACGCUGUUCAGCCCCGAGCCCCAACGCAGACGACAAGCCAUGACUCACAUGCGGAGACAUCGGAGAUCCCAAGGCCUGCCCGCCCUCCUGCUGGCCACGCUGGCGAGAAGCGAGGCAGAGAGCGCCAGAGGGGCCGCGGCCUCCCAGGCUUCCGCGCAGGCCGCCAUCGGCGACGGCGGUGGCAGACGAGACCCUGCACGCCGGGCCCAGCGGUCCCAAGAUCCCCCCGAUGGGCAAGCGCGCGGCGGCGGCGCCGCCAGUGACAAUGGCAGCGGCGGCAGUGACAAUGGCCGCGGUGGCAGUGACAAUGGCCGCGGUGGCAGUGACAAUGGCCGCGGUGGCAGUGACGGUGGCAGUGGCGGCGGCGGCGGCGGCAGCGACGGCGGCAGCAGCGACAGUGGUAGUGACGGCGGGGGCAUCGGCGGCAUCAGCGGCGGCGGCAUCGGUGGCGGCAUCAGCAGUGGCAUCAGCGGCGGCAUCGGCGGCGGCAUCAGUGGCAGCAUCAACGGUGGCAUUGGCGGUGGCAUCAGCGGUGGCAUCAGCAGUGGCAUCAGCGGCGGCAUCGGUGGCGGCAUCAACGGUGGCAUUGGCGGUGGCAUCAGCGGUGGCAUCGGCGGCGGCAUCGGCGGUGGUGGCGGCAUCAACGGCGGCGGCGGCGGAGCGGACCAAGCUGCUCCUGCACGGAACCCCGCAGGACCCAUGUAAUGGGCCUGGGACAGGACUGGAGCUCCCCUUCCCCUCACCACCCCUGCCUUUCCCCUCCUCUUCCCCUGCCUUCCUCUGUGGCCCUUCUCUCCCCUUAUGUCAUCGGCCCGAAGGCGCCCCACGCCAACAGCGCCCCUCUGACCAUCCUGACGGGGCAGGAGCCUCCACAUUCAUCCUCUACAAAUCCUUCGCCUGUUCCCACUGUCGAGGAUUUAUUCUUUGUAUUUUAACAUUUGUUGCCUUACAACGUACAACUAACGCUAAAAGAGCUUCAGUCCAAGAAUAAAAAUAAAGAUCUUUCUCUGUUGAAA